GAAUAGAAUUUAAUUAUUCGGAAUUGUACAUCAAAAGAGAAUUUGUGGGACGGAAGAUAGAAGCAGACUUUGUGUCCUUUAGGGGAGAAAAACACUUUAUAGAACGGAACAUUUUCUGUUUGGGGUUGAUUCAGUUCAAUUAGAUAUUUUUCUUUUGGUGGAUUUUUCUUCCCUCUGCUGUCGGAAACUCAUGUCAAGUUUAAAUACUCCCGACGAGACUCCAGCAAGCGGAUCUCUAUCUCCUAAUUGGGAUAGGGAUUGUUAUUAUUAACCAUAGUGCCAGCUGGUCUCCCCAUGCAGUUGCGAUGGGAUUCUAAUCGCAUUGUCUCAAAAGCGACAACCAGCAGCACCUCCCUUGUAAAUCAUGGAUUCAUGAUCUCGCUUCUGACACCAGGAUUUCGGAAUCUUGCGAGAUUUUACCGUUGCGUGCUGCCAGCCAGAACUAUCGGUUGAUGAUUUUGGGGCCACGUGAUUUAAAUUGUCUGCAACAAGAAUUGCACGGUCCCAGGAAAUGUUUACACGAAGCAAUUUAAUUGCAAAAAAAACGUAUGGCAAUUAUUAACCAUUUUGUCUGUUGCAGUUCUUCAUCAUUGCCUUAUCAACACUAGGUGGUGUUUAGGGAUUUUUUUUCCCUUUGUUAAAAUGAAAAUAAUGUUGGGAACACAAAAUGAAAUAGAAUUGUAAUAAUGCAUCGUUCCAGGUUUUUUUUGCUUGAUUUUGACUUUUUGACAAUUGAAUUGUAUAGAAAGCUCAUGUCCAGAUGGUGUCUCUCCUGUUAGCUCUGUUUCGAACAAAGCAUCCUAUCAAUCAUUUUGGAUGAUUCCCAAUGCACAUUAUUCCAAACAGGGACACGCUUUGUAGAUGUAUAGAAAGGAACAAAUUACAUGCUAUUCACACAAAAUAAAGAAACAUUUAAACACACACAUGACACUGUGUGCCAUAUUUCUAAGGAUGACUAUUUUUGACAAGUUAAGCCGAUUUGAAUCGUUGGCAAUGGGCCAGAAGAGAAAUAGUGGAGCUAAUUAGACUUACUGCGAGUUACAGGUAACACACCAUAAACACAUUUUUUAAAAACACAUUGAUUAAAGCGACUGCCAUUGCGUUUGAUGUCUCAUCCACCUAGCCCCCGCUCAAAUCAAGCUACAAAGCCUUGGACGAAAAUAAUGGCCAUGAGGAAAUGUAAUCAGAAAAUAGCGGGCUAGCUAGAAUAAUUCUGUUCUGCCUCAAGGCUGGUCUGUCCUUAUUGAUGAAUGUAUCAUUUAGUAACGUGCAAGCACACACAUAUUCAGUGCAAUCAAAAAUUGGUCACGUAAUCGACGAGAUAAAACAAUUCAUUUUCAUAAAACAAUUCAUUUAAAUAAAGACUGAUGUUACAGUUUAUAAUGCACGUCACCGUCUUAACACUAUUUGCAAUAUUUCGUGGUUCCAUGUGUUUCAAUAAAUACAACGCUGUUGUUUACUGGCCGCCCUUCUAAUUGAUAAGAAGGAACUAGGCCUCCAGCUCUCGAAUUGCAGAAUACAAAUGAAUUCGGCAACGUAAAUUACAGUAAAAAUAAAAUAUGUACAAUAUUUACGAAGCUACAUAGCGAAUUGUUUAUUUUGUUAUUUAAAAUAAGCAGUAUCAACUGGAAGCAAUAAAUGUUAUAUUUUAAAAAGAAUACACUAAUAAUAAACAUAAAUACCAAAAUUCAGAUGUAAAUGUACACAGAGCUCAUCCUCAGCAUAACUAACACUGACCAUUUUCUGAAUGCACGGAAGCACGCUCGGUGAAGCUAUAUAAAAAAAAUCCCAGCGUUGAGAGAUUAGCCUGGUCUCUAUAGCAGUAACAGAUCCGAGCAAUGGGAUUCACUAAGUGUACAUGAACAUUACGCAAGAUCCUGCGCCUUCAAUCCAUCGAGAAGGGGUUAGAGGGACCCUGUUCGCUCUAACAGGAUUUUAAAAAUCAGGACUCAGGACAGAGAGAGAGAGAGAGAGAACCAUCUCGGAAGAUCCCUUGAUUCAGUACCAUCUAGUCCAGACUGCUCUGAAAACACAAGCAUCCUCCCUCCAGCAUUAGAGCAAUGCUGCAAGAUUGGAAAAAAACAUCAGGUCUGUUGUUUUUCUCUUGAGGUGUCGAGACGCAUUGCUGUGCCAAAAGGCGUAAUCCUCCUAACCAACUGAAUCUCGUCGUUUCUUUAGAAGAUUUCCUUAUAAAUAUGACAGCAGUUUUGAAUAUUUAUCACAGGCGGUCGAGUCCCAGAUGACUGGAUUUUGUAGUAACCGACCGUUGGGUAAUUUUUGCUGGAUCCAUUAUCUUUGUUGAAGGCGUUGCUUGUGUUUCUUCUUUCUUGUUUGUUUGUGUUUUGUUGCCCGGCUGCUUUAAUUGUCCAGGCGCCUUCUUGCUCUGAAUUGUGAUCCUCAUUUCAUGCAUGUCCAGGGGUGGCAGGUUCGAUUUUGACGAUGGAGGGUCGUAUUGUGGAGGUUGGGAAGAUGGCAAGGCUCAUGGACAUGGCAUCUGCACCGGCCCAAAGGGCCAAGGGGAGUACGCGGGCUCUUGGAGCCAUGGCUUCGAGGUGGUUGGAGUGUACACCUGGCCAAGUGGUAAUACCUACCAGGGGACAUGGGCACAAGGAAAGAGGCAUGGCAUCGGAGUGGAGAGCAAGGGAAAGUGGGUCUACAAAGGCGAAUGGUGCCAUGGUUUCAAAGGACGAUAUGGGGUUCGGGAGAGCAUUGGCAGUGGAGCCAAGUACGAAGGGACCUGGAACAAUGGACUACAAGAUGGAUACGGAACAGAGACCUACAGAGAUGGAGGUACCUAUCAAGGGCAGUGGAUUGGAGGGAUGCGUCAUGGUUAUGGUGUGCGUCAGAGUGUUCCCUAUGGGAUGGCUGCUGUUAUCAGGUCUCCUCUCAGAACUUCUAUUAACUCUCUAAGAAGUGAACAUAGUAAUGGUACAGCCAUACACCCAGACACUCCAGCUGGAAGUCCUGCAGGAUCAAGGGGGGGCUUUGUUCUCACUAUGCAUAGUGACAAUGAUCUUCUUUCAACCAAAAACAAAAAGAAAGGGAUUUUUCGCAGAUCCCUUUUAAGUGGGCUGAAACUUCGAAAGUCUGAGUCCAAAAGUUCCUUGGCUAGCCAAAGAAGCAAGCAGAGCUCAUUUCGAAGUGAAGCUGGGAUGAGUACGGUCAGUUCUACAGCCAGUGAUAUCAAUUCCACAAUUAGUUUUGGUGAAGUUGAGACAGAUUUGUCAGUCAUUGAAGAUGAUAUUGAUGCAACAACAACAGAAACCUACGUGGGAGAAUGGAAAAAUGACAAACGCUCUGGGUUUGGGUUAAGCCACCGGUCUGAUGGAUUGAAAUUCGAAGGGGAGUGGCUGAGCAACAAGAGGCAUGGUUAUGGAUGUACAACGUUUCCAGAUGGAACAAAAGAAGAAGGCAAAUAUAAACAGAAUGUGUUGGUGAGUGGGAAGAGGAAGAACUUGAUUCCUUUACGGACAAGUAAGAUUCGCGACAAAGUGGAUAGGGCAGUGGAAGCAGCUGAACGGGCUGCAGCUAUUGCCAAACAGAAAGCUGAGAUUUCUGCAUCCAGGACAUCUCAUGCUAAGUCAAAAUCGGAGGUGGCUGAAACAGCUGCUCAAAAAGCUCAGGAUGAAGCGCAGCUUGCGAGGAUCACUGCCAAAGAGUUCUCACCAUCCACCCAACACCCGGGCAAUGGAAUUGAGUAUCAAAGACCGAAACACCAGAACUCAACUGAAAAUGAGAUAGACAGAAUUUCAUCAGAAAGUCCACCUCAGGAAGAAAGUCCAGAACUCUACAGGAAGGGAACAACACCUCCAGAUCUUACUCCAGAACACAGCCCUGUGCCAAGCCGAUCAUCCAGUUCACCAUCAACCUCACCACCAAAGUACAGAAAAAAGAAUCCAAGGCUUGUAAGACAGGUGAAUUUAGAACAUGACAAAGGGCAAGACAUUCAGGUGCUGCUGGAAGGAGGAAGGGAUGAAUACCCAAGACCUACUAUCUGGAAUGAUAAGCCACGAUCGGGCAAUCGAAGGGGAGCAAACAAAGGAAGCAGCCACUCAAACACACCAUCAAUAGCCGAGGAGAUCAGGGAAAGAGGUAACGAAUGCAAAUACAAACACAGACCCACUGACAGAAAACGUACAGACUCACCGACUUUUUCAUGGACAUCCUAUCGGUUGCAUAAUCAUGAUUCAGGUAGCCAGCUGCAUGAGCAGGAUGAAGAAAAACUUAGUAACUAUGAAAUGGAAAUGAAGCCCCUUCAACGCAUGGAUUCCUAUGUGCAAGAUACAUUUUCAGAAAAACACUACAGUAAUUUCAGCUCCAAAAACAUGAUGGAAGAUUAUCAUCCAGACUUUCUCAGCUAUGGAGUUCAGAGGCUAAAACCCACUGUACAAAAUAAAGAGAACUCCAGACCUAUGAGUCCCUCUGAGCCCAAUGUACAAAGGCUGGAGACCCUGAGAAUGAAUGUAAAGCUAGAACCACGACCAUCAAGACACGAUAUUAGUAUACCACCAAAUUCAAAAACGGUAACUAUCCAACAGUGUGAAGAGGAAAUGAUGGUUCAAUAUAAAUCUAAUUCAGGCUCCAAUCCUAUUCUGGUUGCUAUGGUGAUUUUGCUAAACAUCAGUGUCGCCAUUUUGUUUAUUCACUUUUUUAUUUGAAUGCCUAUUUGUCAGUUUAAAUAAGAGAAAACAUGAAAUUGCAUAAAAGAAAACUGGUGUACUUCAAUCUGAAAAAGUCAGCUUUUACUGAGAACACGGUCAACUUCUUCACACUUUGCCUUUCCUAGAUAACAAUACUGAUUAGUCAAAAUUAAUGGCAUAAAUAAAAUAGCUCUGUGGCAUGACAGAAUGGUGAAAUAUGCUUCCCCAUUACUUCAACAAUUUAACGUGCAAUGUUUGAAGAGAAGAACUGUAAACAAACUAGGAGGAAGGUAACAUGACUUUAGUUCUGACAUCAAGAAACUUCAGACAUUGAUAUGUCCUUUUGGUCAUCAAUGAGGAUUUAUUCUGAAUGUAUUUGAGACACUGAGUUUACAGUAUACUGUUUUGUUGGUCUACUCAAGUCAAUUUUCAAACUACAAUUUUUUUAUUGUUGUGGAAACAUUCAUAGUAUUUUGAUUAAAAUAAGCUUCGCAAGACAAUGCCACAGAAAUUAACUCAUUAGGUUCACUCAUACCUAUUCCAUAACCUUUAUCCAGUUUUUUAGACAUAUUCUUCUGAAGACUGUAGUAGCUUAAAGGGCAAUAGAGAAUAUUUUACCUUUUGCAUAAGAGGUAUUAUUUCUGCACCAAAACAAAAUCAGAAUCUGUAAAUUACUGUUUUGUUAAUUCAAAGAUUAAGAAGUAACAGAUAUUCCUGGCUCCAAGUCGACUAUUUCAGAAAUUUAUUUCACAAUAUUUAAAAUAAAAAUAAUUUUCCAGACAUGAUAAAAUAUACAUCUUCAACAUCACACAAGUAUUCCAGGGCUUACUGGAUGAACUUUGAAUCCAGAAAGAGAGUUUUGGAUCUAUUAUGGUAUGACACAGAGGUGGGCAGGUCCAGAAACCUAUGUGGUUGGAGACAUGCUAGUUCCCUGGCUCCAAGCUGCACCUGGGCCUGGGCCAAUUACCUGGAGUCCAGAUCAGGAGUGAAGGGAAGAAGGGUGUUGGGUAACUUGUUAAGACUAUUAUUGAAGGCUGACUAGAAUUUUUCAGUGAGCCUCAAGGUAUCCGGAGACAAUGUGCAUCAGUGCAGCUCUCUGAGUACAGCCUUCCAUGGCUGGAUUUAGGGCCAGCUCUUCAGGGAGGUUUACAUCUCCUUCUUGUCUUCCUGGCAUUGUUUACAGGCAUAGACCAACGCCAAACAAUGGUGACCUGCCUGCAGGGGCCUAAUUUUCUAAAUUAAAAAAAUCUGGGAGGGGAUGCAUGCAUCUUUAGGUGCUCUUACUUGCUUGUCCUCGCAUCCUGCCAUUGCUUUCAAGCUGGAAGGCCUUGUGUUGGCUCUCCUGUUUCAAAAGGCCACCUGUUGUUCUUCAUUAUAUGAAGAGACAGCUCCAGGCUAAUGACAAAUUGAGUGAAAUCUUAAAUGAGUGACUGCUUCCAACCACAGAAUGAAUAUCUGUCCACCAUUUGAGGCUGACUCUUGGGUUCUGAACUUCAUUGGGAUAAUCCCAUCCCAAGGCUUUGUGGCUUUUGCAUUUGAUUUUUAAACAAUGUAUCUUGUCAACUAUUUUUCAUAGUUUUGUAAACCACUGCAAUGUGAGACUUCUUCCAAAGUUAUAGUUGGCAUGAAAUGGUGAUAUGGUUGUCAGUUCACUUCUUAAUAGUUUUAAAUACAAACAGGACACAGAAUUAAUAAGAUGCAACUCUGCUGGGGCAAGAAUUGGAUAGUUCGAAAAUUUAGCCUUGAUAGUCCAACAAAAACUUGAAUUGUUAUUGAUACAUGUUUCUUUGAUUAGAUAACAAUCAUGCUGAAAUUCAGUUUUUCCUAAGUUUAAUAAACAAUUCUUCAAUUAGGUGUUAACUAUUGAAAGCUGAUUAGCCACAGCAGAAAUGUCUAAAUCAUCAUAAUCUUUAUUAUUUGGAUUCCUGUUCGCAAUUUGAAA